UGUAUCUGUGUGCUGACGUGACAUUGGCGGUGGCUUGCGGCCACGCAAAACAAAAGGAAUUCGGCCGUAAUACAUCAACGAGGCGUAGCUAGUCAGUCCUUCUCAAAUUUCUGCCAAUAUCUAGGCGUAAUUUGGUUUUUGAAGUUUAUAUAUGACUUAUUUUGGAUUACUUUGUUCUAAAUUAUUGUUCGAUUUCAAAUACGUAAUGCUAUCAAUGGCAGUAGCAUGAAAAGGUGAGUAGCCGAUGCUACUAGCGCGUGCUAGGUUUAAUGCUAGUUACCAUGUUAGCUAGCUAACGCAAUGCUCGCCUUGUUAACAUAUAUUUGCUACAUUAAUACACGUUGUAAUGCCCGGUAUAGUUAUCAGUUGUUAGUUACCCCUUCUGCUCUAACGUUAGUUUAAUGAAUAUCUCGUGUUGUUGCUAAUUAGCGUUAGCUGGCUAGCUAAGCCAUGUAGUUAGCCAACUAGUAACGUCAUGUCAACAACGCAGAGCUCGCGCACCGCCGUGUAGUUUACUAUCAACAUUAGGGGAAAGUCUCUGAAGAAGCUAUGUACUGUAGCUCGCUAAAAGAAUGACUUUACAUGUAACUAGUUAGCGAACUAACGUUAGUCAACAGUUAACGUCACUUGACUAAGAUGACGUUACAAAAUGGAUAAGAAUUGUGCUUGUACUAACCAGCUGUGGGCUAAAGAGGAGGGGUACCAAUCACACGUCAUGUCACAUGAUGAUGUUUGAUUAAUAUGAUAGUGGUAUUGAUCACAGUUCCUCCUUGUUCAGGCUUGGAUUGAAAGCACAACUCUGUCUCAGAGCUGUAGGGCCCUUGGGGCCCCAGUAGAGGAUGCACCGUGGUGUGGACAGGGACUUCCAGACUUCAGCGCGGAGGAUGGGUACAUCCUUGCUGUUCCAGUUGUCUGUCCAUGAGCGUGAACUGGACUUGGUGUUCCUGGACCACAGCUAUGCCAAGCCAUGGAAUGCCCACCCGGACGCCAGCAGUGCCCGGCCCACGCGCAUGCUGUUCGUCACACCCCGUCGCCAACCUGAUGCCGCUCCGUGAGUGUCAAACUUCAUUAUCCUCACCAAUGACUCAUUGCACAAACAAUUGUAACAAUUUUAAAACGUCUGUCUGUCUCAGAACAAAUUGUAUUUUGUAGCUUUAUCACGACAAUAAUAAAGUUACAGCUAAAACUGCAUGACAGCAUUUACUGAAGUAUGCUUGGGUUCUUUUGCAGGGAAUCAGACCUGUCAAUAGAUGUGGAAUCUGUCACGCCUACACCUAUUCCACUCUAUGACAAUCAGAAAGCACGCAGUGUUAUGAAGGAGUGUGAGCGACAUGUUUUAUUUGCUCGCACAGUUGCCGAUGGUCCCCCACCCCCUGAUGACUGGGAGGAACACAUCAACAAGUGAGUGGCCUCCACCCGACCUCCCUUUGAAUAACCCUAUUGAGGUUUUAAAAAUAUAUCUAUUUUCCGGAAGGACUUAUGUGUUGCAAAUGCCUUGUUUGCUCAGCUCUUGUGUACACUGUCUUUGUCUCAAUCUCCAUUGCAAAUAGUGAUAAUCGUCAGACUUCAUUACUGAUAUACACUGCUUGUAUUACAGGGCUGGAUGGUCGGUCACUCAAAACAAGUUGUUUAAUAAGGUGCUGAAGGCUCUGCAAGCUGAAAGACUGGCCCGGCUGGCCAAUGAAAACGUGAGUUCAUAUGCACCACCUAAAUGCUUUUGUAUGUGGUGUUGAUUCAGUUUCAAUGACUAUCAAAGUUCCUGUACCUCUUGUCUUACCAUCCCUUCCUCUGACUCAUAGGCCUCCAAUGAGCCAGUAUUGCGCAGGAUUGCUGUAGACAAGUGUGCCCGAAAGGUCCGCCAUGCACUGGCCAGUGUCAACUGGGACACCAAAUUGACCCAGUGGCUACACAGCACCCUGAUAGAAUCCCUCAGUCUGGCCAUGCUGGCCGCUUACCUAGACGUACUGCAGACACUCAAGAGCAAGGUACUCCUCUCUCGCUGUCUGUCUCUUUCUCUCUCUCAAAAUGUGUUUACAAAUUAUUUGAUGUUGUGACACAUGCAUUCUUAUAUAGAGGGAUACAUUAUAUCACUGACAAUCAUCAAAUCAAGCUUUAUUUAUACAGCACAUUUCAGACAUGGAAUUCAACACAAUGUGCUUAACAGGAAAAAAACAAUAAAUGAAUACUGAAAUAUUUACUACACAAGAAACAUAAGAGGAUAAAAAACUAAAGAAUAACAAUAAAAACGGAACAACUAAAAAGCACCCUAAGGAAAAGCAAAGCUAAAAAUGUGUGUUUUUAAGAUCUCUUAAAAAUGUCCACAGUUUCUGCCCCCCUCAGGUUCUCUGGCAGGCUAUUCCAGAGGCUGGGGUCAUAGUAACUAAAGGCUGCCUCUUGGUCCUAGGCUUUGGAAUAGUUAAAAGGCCAGUGCCAGAGGACCUGAGGGACCUACUGGGUAAUUAACUUAAAAGCAUGUCUGACAUGUAUUGGGGUGCACAAUUGUGGAUUGAUUUAAAAACCAAUAGAAUAAUCUUAAAAUUAAUUCUAAAACUCACAGGAAGCCAGUGCAGAGACCUUAAAACCGGUGUAAUGUGUGCUCUCCGUCUGGUCUUGGUCAGUACCUGUGCUGCAUCAUUCUGAAUGUUUUGCAGUUGACCAAUGGCUUUCUUGGGUAGACCAGAAAGGAGAUCAUUACAGUAGUCAAGCCUGCUUGUAAUAAAAGCAUGGAUGAGUCUCUCUGUAUCAGCCUGAGAGAGAAAUCGUCCUCAGGUGGUAAAAAACUAUUUUGGUCACAUUCCUAAUGUGUGAUUCGAAAUUGAGUUCAGAAUCUAAAAUAAGAGGUUUUUUACCUGGUGUUUUAUCUUUAUUGCCUGUGAAUUAAAAUGUGCGGCCAGAUUCUCUCUGUGCUUUGGCUCCAACAAUAAGUACCUCAGUCUUUUCUUGAUUUAGCUGGAGGAAGUUGUUAGCCAUCCAAGUAUUUCAAUCAUUAAUACAGUCUAAUAAAUUACUCCAACACCAUCAUUAAGUUUUCCGACGACGAUGAGACAGCCUAUAGGGAGGAGGUCAGAGACCUGGUCGUGUGGUGCCAGGAUAACAACCUCUCCCUCAACGUGGUCAAGACAAAGGAGAUGAUUGUGGACUACAGGGGGAAAAAAGAGGACUGAGCACGCCCCCAUUCUCAUCGACAGGGCUGUAGUGGAACAGGUUGAGAGCUUCAAGUUCCUUGGUGUCCACAUCACCAACAAACUAUCAUGGUCCAAACACACCAAGACAGUCGUGAAGAGGGCACGACAAAGCCUAUUCCCCCUCAGGAGACUGAACACAUUUGGCAUGGGUCCUCAGAUCCUCAAAGAGUUCUACAGCUGCACCAUCGAGAGCAACCUGACUGGUUGCAUCACCGCCUGGUAUGGCAACUGCUCGGCCUCCGACCGCAAGGCACUACAGAGGGUAGUGCAUACGGCCCAGUACAUCAUUGGGGCCAAGCUUCCUGCCAUCCAGGACCUCUAUACCAGGCGGUAUCAGAGGAAGGCACUAAAAAUGGUCAAAGAUUCCAGCCACCCUAGUCACCCGGCGCACAGGUCCAAAAGGCUUCUUAACAGCUUGUACCCCCAAGCCAUAAGACUUCUGAACAGCUAAUCAUGGCUACCCGGACUAUUUGCAUUUGAUUUAUCCGUGGAGCUAAAAUCCUCUGGUGACACAGAUGUAAAGUUGUAUAUCGUCUGCAUAGCAGUGAAAACCAAUGCUGUGCUUUCUGAUAACGCUGCCAAGGGGUAACAUAUAUAAACUGAACAGUACCGGACCCAAAAUCGAACCUUGUUUCACGCCAUGUGAUAACUCAGAGAAAAUGCAUAUGUUCACCAAGGGUUACAAUAACUCUUGCCCGUGUAAGUAGGUCUUUAGAACUGGACUGGUUAGGCUAACCCACCUCUCCAGAAGGACAUCAUGGUCAAUAGUGUUGAAUGCAGCACUUAAAUAUGUCUGUGUCAACCAGGGAAAAUAAAUCCAUAAUGCCUUUGCGUGGGAGGCUAGGGCACAUAUUAUCAAACUUUUCAUCAGGUCUUGCUUGACUGAUACCCAGCCUAAUGUUUGUUAUCUUACCUCUGAAAUAUGCCGCAAACUCAUCACAUUUAGAUGUGGAGGGAAGUUCAUAUAGGUUUGCGGGGGUAGGAUUUAUCAGGCCAUUAAUGGUCGAGAAGAGCACUCUCAAAUUAUUCUGAUUAUUAGUGAUCAGGUUAGAAAAAUGAGCCCGUCCGGCAUUACUAAUUGCCUUGAUAUAUAUGCCAAGUUGCUCUCUCAGACUAUCAUAAUGGACCUGCAACUUUGACUUUCUCCACUUCUGCUCUGCCUUUCUGUAAUUUCUUAAAUGUAUUAGUUUACCUCACUCAUCCAAAGGGCUCUCCGUUUGGAUGUGGCUUUUUUCAACUUUACUGGAGCUGUGGCAUCAAUGGUUGCCCUUAAUUUGCUAUUAAAGUGAUCAACUAAAUCAACACAAGGAAGGCAGAAUAGGUGGAGUAUUGGUCAUGCACUUAAUAAAUCUGUAGCAACUUCAGAGGUAUGAUAGUGUUUCUUAAUAAUGCGUUCAGUAUUACCCUGUGCUAUGGGCAACAAAUUAGUAAAAAAUACACAGUGGUGAUCAGAUAAAGAAACAUCAACUAUAGAGGAUAUGUCAAUAGAAAGCCCCUUGGUAAUAAUCAGGUCCAGAGUAUGGCCUCCCGAGUGGCGCAGUGGUCUAAGGCACUGCAUCUCAGUGCUUGAGGCGUCACUACAGACCCCCUGGUUCGAUUCCAGGCUGUAUCACAACUGGCCGUGAUUGGGAGUCCCAUAGGGCGGCGCACAAUUGGCCCAGCGUCGUCCGGGUUUGGCCGGUGUAGGCCGUCAUUGUAAAUAAGAAUUUGUUCUUAACUGAUUGCCUAGUUAAAUAAAGGUUAAAUAAAAAAAAAUGGCCAGGAUGACUCACCAUCUCUAUCUGUACAGUUGCCCUCGCUGAUUGACAGGAUGCUGAUGACUUCAUCAGUGAAGACUGGAGCAGCCGGUGCAGAGGCCCUCUCUCUGCUCCUGAAGAGGCCCUGGGACCCUGCUGUGGGCGUUCUGUCUCACAACAAACCGGUACGUCUCUAAUGCUAAUCCCUGUCUGUGGUACUGGGAGCAAUCAGAAUUCACUGCAGUCAGAAUGAAUAAGACAAUGGAAACAGGCACACAUUCCAAAUGGUAGUAGGGAUGAAAUUGAUAGUUGUGGCAGUAAGCACUUAGUAGUUUAAUCUUUAUACUGUUUUAUAUGCCUAACAAUUACUUUGGCCAUUCUUAAAGGAUAAGUUUUAUUUUUUACAACCAAAUCUCUAUUUGUGAUGUAAAUGGAAUGUUAUAGAACGGUCCAGACAAUUUUUUUUGUGAUUUCACUUGUUUUUGAGAAACUUACCCCAAACAGCAAAUCACUCCCUCGUCCUUGUUGUGCAGUAUGGGUCCCCUGAAAAAGAACAUGAAAAAAGGCUAUUAAAAAAAGACAUCCUUUCAGAAACAGGUCUUUAGCUGUUGUACACAUGAAAUUGUCAUUCAGAACUUUAUCUGUAAUUUGAUAUACCAUUUUGUGCGACUCAAGCUCUUUUCCCAACGCAGCUGUGCAGGCCGGGUGUGUUCGUGUAGUAUACGGUACAUCUAAAGACCUGCAUCACUAUAUUGAGAGCGUUUCUAAAAGACGUAUUUGGGUGUUUUUGGAGCCUUUGUUCAUGUUUUUUCAGGGCCCCAAUACUACACAACGAGGAUGAGGAAGUGAUUUGCUAUUUGGGGUAUGUUUCUCAAAAACAAGUGAAAUCACAAAGGUGUCUGGACCCUUCUAUAACAUGCCAUUUACAUGGUUGUACAAAUUAAAGUAAACAAAUUCUACUUGAAUGCUUCUGUAUUGACUUGGGAUCCUUUGAUUGCAUUUCCUAUUGAUUUGAUAAUGACUGGAUGCCUAUUUAUGUAUUUGUUUGUAUUGCAGAGCAAGCUUCCUGGCUCCCCACUCAUCUUAAUUGCACCAUCAGGGCCCACCAAUCCUGCUCUUUCUACCUCGCGCCGAAUUAGAUUUUGGCAGUCACAGCUCUCCUGCUUGGGAAAGGUUUGUAUCUAUUCAUUCUCAAGUGUGACUGUGCAUCACUACGUUUUAUACACGUCAAAUAGGUAUAAACCAACAUGUGUGUCUGUCUCAGGUAAUCCCGGUAAAUACCCAUGUAAACAGUGGAGCCAAUGUGGGCAUCACUCAGUGUCUGGAGCACAUGUUGGGCACUGUCAGGGCCAAAGUCAUGGAGGUAAGGCUGUUAUAUGAACCUGAAGUUGUGUAGCCAGAUACAGUGAGGGGAAAAAAGUAUUUGAUCCCCUGCUGAUUUUGUACGUUUGCCCACUGACAAAGACAUGAUCAGUCUAUAAUUUUAAUGGUAGGUUUAUUUGAACAGUGAGAGACAGAAUAACAACAAAAAAAUCCAGAAAACACAUGUCCAAAAUGUUAUACAUUUAUUUGCAUUUUAAUGAGGGAAAUAAGUAUUUGACCCCUCUGCAAAACAUUACUUAGUACUUGGUGGCAAAACCCUUGUUGGCAAUCACAGAGGUCAGACGUUUCUUGUAGCUGGCCACCAGGUUUGCACACAUCUCUGGAGGGAUUUUGUCCCACUCCUCUUUGCAGAUCUUCUCCAAGUCAUUAAGGUUUCGAGGCUGACAUUUGGCAACUCGAACCUUCAGCUCCCUCCACAGUUUUUCUAUGGGAUUAAGGUCUGGAGACUGGCUAGGCCACUCCAGGACCUUAAUGUGCUUCUUCUUGAGCCACUCCUUUGUUGCCUUGGCCGUGUGUUUUGGGUCAUUGUCAUGCUAGAAUACCCAUCCACAACCCAUUUUCAAUGCCCUGGCUGUGGGAAGGAGGUUCUCACCCAAGAUUUGAUGGUACAUGGCCCUGUCCAUCGUCCCUUUGAUGCGGUGAAGUUGUCCUGUCCCCUUAGCAGAAAAACACCCCCAAAGCAUAAUGUUUCCACCUCCAUGUUUGACGGUGGGGAUGGUGUUCUUGGGGUCAUAGGCAGCAUUCCUCCUCCUCCAAACACGGCGAGUUGAGUUGAUGCCAAAGAGCUCAAUUUUGGUCUCAUCUGACCACAACACUUUCACCCAGUUCUCCUCUGAAUCAUUCAGAUGUUCAUUGGCAAACUUCAGACGGGCCUGUAUAUGUGCUUUCUUGAGCAGGAGGACCUUGCGGGUGCUGCAGGAUUUCAGUCCUUCACGGUGUAGUGUGUUACCAAUUGUUUUCUUGGUGACUAUGGUCCCAGCUGCCUUGAGAUCAUUGACAAGAUCCUCCCGUGUAGUUCUGGGCUGAUUUCUCACCGUUCUCAUGAUCAUUGCAACUCCACGAGGUGAGAUCUUGCAUGGAGCCCCAGGCCGAGGGAGAUUGACAGUUCUUUUGUGUUUCUUCCAUUUGCGAAUAAUCGCACCAACUGUUGUCACCUUCUCACCAAGCUGCUUGGCGAUGGUCUUGUAGCCCAUUCCAGCCUUGUGUAGGUCUACAAUCUUGUCCCUGACAUCCUUGGAGAGCUCUUUGGUCUUGGCCAUGGUGGAGAGUUUGGAAUCUGAUUGAUUGAUUGCUUCUGUGGACAGGUGUCUUUUAUACAGGUAACAAGCUGAGAUUAGGAGCACUCCCUUUAAGAGUGUGCUCCUAAUCUCAGCUCGUUACCUGUAUAAAAGACACCUGGGAGCCAGAAAUCUUUCUGAUUGAGAGGGGGUCAAAUACUUAUUUCCCUCAUUAAAAUGCAAAUCAAUUUAUAACAUUUUUGACAUGUGUUUUUCUGGAUUUUGUUGUUGUUAUUCUGUCACUCACUGUUCAAAUAAACCUACCAUUAAAAUUAUAGACUGAUCAUUUCUUUGUCAGGGGAUCAAAUACUUUUUUCCCUCACUGUAUCUGUUCCUAAUGGACUAGGUCAGUGGUAUUCAAACUUUUUCAGCAGGGACCACAUUUUUUCCCCCCCAAAGAAUUUCUCACGACCCCACACCACCCCAACUCAAAUUACCCAACUGUACAAUUUAUUGCAUUUUCAUCUCUUAUGAAAAUAAACCAAUAAAUACAUUUACUCAAUACAAUUAUUUUUCAAAUCAUCUUUCUGAAAACCUUUGUGUAUUGUCCUGUACAAUAAUCUGCAUUCGGGAAGAAAGAAAAUUGUUGGGGCGACCACACUGCAUUUCCCCUGUCUUUGAAUUCCACUGGACUAGAUUGUUGCUGCUAUUUCAGAUGGUUCUUUGAAAGUUAUGUGCCAUGCUGUCUAUUUGUCUAUUUAUUUGCCGUUCAAUGUAUUUAUGCACCAGGUCCACAGUCACUUCCCUCACAAACCCAUUAUCCUGGUUGGCUGGAAUGUGGGAGCGCUCAUCGCCUGUCAUGUAAGGCUGCUGUAUGACUGCUGUCUGUCUACUACAUGGUAUCAACAUUUUUUAAGAGUGUUCUCUGGGAUGCUCAGAAAGUUAUACAGUGCCUUCAGAAACUAUUCACACCCCUUGACUUUUUCCAUAUUUUUGUUGUUACAAAGUGUGAUUUAAAAUGGAUUUAAUUGUCUAUUUUUGUUUUUUUUUAAUCAUGAAAAAUAAUACACUAAUAUACUGUAUCUUGAUUAGAUAAGUAUUUAACCCCCUGAGUCAAUACAUGUUAGAAUCACCUUUGUCAGCGACUACAGCUGUGUGUCUUUAUGGGUAAGUCUCUAUAGCCUUCCACACCUGGAUUGUGCAACAUUUACCAAUUUAUUCUUAAAGAAAUUCUUCAAGCGCUGUCAAGUUGGUUGUUGAUCAUUGCUAGACAACAAUUUUCAGGUCUUGCCAUAGAUUUUCAAGCUGAUUUAAGUCAAAACUGUAACUCAGCAAUUCAGGAACAUUCACUGUCUUCCCGGUAAGCAACUUGUGUAGAUUUGGCCUUGUGUUUUAGGUUAUUGUCCUGCUGAUAGGUGAAUUCAUCUCCCAGUGUCUGGUGGAAAGCCAACUGAACAAGGUUUUCCUCUAGGAUUUUGCCUGUGCUUAGCUCCAUUCAGUAAAUUUUUUUAUCCUGAAAAACUCCCCAGUCCUUAAUGAUUACAAGCAUACCCAUAACAUGAUGCAGCCACCACUAUGCUUGAUAAUAUGGAGAGUAGUACUCAGUAAUGUUGUAUUGGAUUUACCCCAAACAUAGCACUUUGUAUUCAGGACAAAAAGUUAAUAAAUUGUUUUGCCACAUUUUUUGCAGUAUUUAGUGCGUUGUUGCAAACAGGAUGCAUGUUUUGAAAUAUUUGUUCUCUACAGGUUUCCAUCUUUUCACUCUGUCAAUUAGCUUAAUAUUGUGGAGUAACUACAAUGUUGUUGAUCCAUCCUCCGUUUUCUCCUUUCACAGCCAUUAAACUCUGUAACUGUUUUAAAGUAACUAUUGGCCUCAUGGCGAAAUCCCUGAGCGGUUUCAUUCCUCUCCGGCCACUGAGGAAGGACGCCAUGCUCAAAGGGAUAUUCAAUGUAUUUUAUUUAUUUUUUACACAUCUACCAAUAGGUGCCCUUCAUUGCAAGUUAUUGGAAGACCUCCCUGGUCUUUGUGUUUGAAAUUCACUGCUCGACUGAGGGGCCUAACAGAUAAUUGUAUGUGUAGGGGUACAGAGAUGAGCUAUUCAUAAAAAAAUCACGUUGAACACUAUUAUUGCACAGUGAGUCCAUUCAACUUAUUAUGUGACUUGUUAGGCAAAUGUUUACUCCUGAACUUAUUUAGGCUUGCCAUAACAGCGUGGUUGAAUACUUAUUGACGCAAGACAUUUCAGCUUUUCAUUUGUAAUUAAUUUGUAAAAUUAAAUUAAAAAAAACAUAAUUCCACUGACAUUAUGGGGUAUUGUGUGUAGGCCGGUGACAAAAAUUGGGCUGUAACACAACAAAAUGUGGAAAAAGUCAAGGUGUGAAUACUUUCUGAACAUCUGCUGGUUAUUGAAAACAAUCAUUGUGGAAUCUGAACUCUGAUCUGUGUUGUGAUUGGUGGAUGUGAUGUUGGUGCACUGCACAUAUUGACGUGGUUGUCCUCUCCCAGGUCUCUCUCAUGGAAUACCUGACUGCUGUGGUGUGUCUUGGCUUUCCCCUGCUAACCAUCAAUGGACCAAGAGGGGUAAGGAAAUAAGCUAAAAUGUUUGUCUUGCAUUGUGGAGACAUUUAGAUAUGAUACUUCUACUCGUCUUACACAGAUCAACAUAAUUUUGCCACAGGUCUGUGGAUCUUAGAUGUGUAUUGACUGUUUUUGUGUUGUUGACUGGCAGGAUGUGGACGACCCCUUGCUAGACAUGAAGACACCAGUGCUGUUUGUGGUUGGUCAGAAUGCUCUGCAGUGUGGCACCGAGGCCAUGGAGGAGUUCCGAGAGAAACUCCGGGCCGACAACAGCAUGGUGGUGGUGGGGGGAGCCGACGACAACCUCAGGUGGGUUUUGCUCUAGGACUGGGAAUUGCCAGGAACCUCACGAAACAAUAUUAUCAUGAUACUUAGGUACCCAUAUGAUAUGUAAUGCAAUUCUAUGUGAAUCACGAUUUUUUGUUUUGCGAUUCCAUGUUCCAAACAUAUUGCUCACUAUAUGUAUUUUUAAGAUGGAAGGGUAGCAGCAGUUGAAAGCAUUCAGUCAUUGAAUGUUUUCUCGUGAAGACAAAAGGCCUGAAAUUGUCACUGCUCGCUGUCAUUUUCUGCAGUGCAAUUAAAUUGAAGAAUUUGAGGGCAUCAGUUUGUUUCUCAUUCCUGAUUUAAAUGGUUUUCUUCCGCAGAAUCAACUCCACAAAGAUGAAAUCAGAGGGACUGACACAGACCAUGGUGGAUCGAUGCAUUCAGGUUGGUCAAUGUCGCUCGUCUUGUAAAGGAGCCAUAGUGUGUUUAUUCAAACAAAUGUAGGUGAAGUCUAUGAAAACGUCAAAAGAUUUAAAGAAUUAAACCCUAGCCAUCAAACUCACAUGGAGUGUCAGUGAAAUGCUUUUCAUGCAGAUAUACGUCUGUCUCUCCUGUGUAGGAUGAGAUAGCAGACUUCCUGUCGGGGGUGCUGACACGGGCGGAGAGCCAUGGCCAUGGCUCAGGAGAGUUGAGGGACCUGGACACGGAGAAGAAGAAGAAGCCCAGACGGGAGCUGCCCUUUGACCUGGAAAGGGGUCGCCCCUCCUCCCCUGCCCUCAGAGUACCCAUCUCCCCCUCAGGCUCCGAGGUACGUCCUGCAUCAGCUCAGGCACGCUCCGGAAGACAUGCAAGGAAAUUCUAGGAAUAAUAUACAUUACUGAUCAUUUGAUUGGCUACGUUUUAUGGUUGUUUCCUCAGGACCUGUCCAGUGUGUGUAGCAGUCCCACCUCCAGCCCCAAGCCAAAGACGUCGGGACUGUCCCCAGCACAGAAGUCCAGUCUGAUCACUGCCACACAACUCCUCAAGACCCAUAUGCAGCGGUCUGGGACUGUGCUCACACACAAGCAGGCACAAGGUUUGUGUGCCAACUAGCAUGUACAAAAACAGACGCAGACACACACACCACAGCUCUCACAUUUGAAACAUUUGUUUGUGUGAGCUUGAUUUAAUGAGUCAUUUAACUCACUUGCCAAUGGGUUUUUCAAUAGCUCUGUGGGCUUGGGAAGAUGUGAAUGCGAUAUUGAAUGGUGAAAAUGGUUUACUUCGACAUUGAUCUUGUUAGGGCAGUCACGACAACACAAGGGCACAAUGGAACGUGACUAUCUUUUUAUCCCUUUUCUUCUCUCUUUCGACUAUCCUUCCACCUUUCUUUUCAAUUAAUUUCAGCCCAGUUUGCUGCUUUUAUGAAACAAAACAUGCUUGUGAGGAAAAAUCUUCCUCCUGGCACUCCCUCCUGUAUCUUUGGUAAGUAUGUCUUUCUCCUCUCUUUUCUCGUCUUUUCUGUCUGCAAUCUCCGUCUUACUGCCAGAUCAUUGAUGUACAUUGUUUACAGGGUCAUAUAAAAAUUUUAAGUGAGCAUUAUACAUACACUGAAAAAUAUAUAAACGCAACAUGCAACAAUUUCAAAGAUUUUACUGAGUUACAGUUCACAUAAGGAAAUCGGUCAAUUGAAAUAAAUUCAUUAGGCCCAAAUCUAUGGCUUUCACAUGACUGGGAAUACAGAUAUGCAUCCGUUUCCUUAAAAAAAAAAAGAGGGGCGUGGAUCAGAAAACCAGUCAGUAUCUGGUGUGACCACCAUUUGCCUCAUGCAGUGCGACACAUCUCCUUCGCAUAGAGUUGAUCAGGCUGUUGAUUGUGGCCUGAGGAAUGUUGUCCCACUCCUUUUCAAUGGCUUGCUGGAUAGUGGCGGGAACUGGAACACGCUGUCAUACACGUCGAUCCAGAGCAUCCCAAACAUGCUCAAUGGGUGACAUGUCUGGUGAGUAUGCAGGCCAUGGAAGAACUGGGACAUUAUCAGCUUCCAGGAAUUGUGUACAGAUCCUUGCGACAUGGGGCUGUGCAUUAUGCUGAAACAUGAUGUGAUGGCAGCGGGUGAAUGGCACGACAAUGGACCUCAGGAUCUCAUCACGGUAUCUCUGUGCAUUCAAAUUGCCAUCGAUAAAAUGCAAUUGUGUGUGUUGUCUGUAGCGUAUGCCUGCCCAUACCAUAACCCCACCACCAGCAUGGGGCACUCUGUUCACAACGUUGACAUUAGCAAACCGCUCGCCCACACAACGCAAUACACACUAUCUGCCCGGUACAGUUGAAACCGGGAUUCAUCCGUGAAGAGAACACUUUUCCAGGGUGCCAGUGGCCAUCGAGGGUGAGCAUUUGCCCACUGAAGUCGGUUACGACGCCGAACUGCAGUCAGGUCAAGACCCUGGUGAGGACGACGAGCACACAGAUGAGCUUCCUUGAGACGGUUUCUGACAAUGUGUAGAAAUUCUUCGGUUGUGCAAAUCCAGUUUCAUCAGCUGUCCGGGUGGCUGGUCUCAGACAAACCCACAGGUAAGAAGCCGGAUGUGGAGGUCCUGGGCUGGUGUGGUUACACGUGGUUGUGAGGCCGAUUGGACAUACUGCCAAAUUCUCUAAAAUGACGGAGGUGGCUUAUUCAUUCAAUUCUCUGGCAACAGCUCUGGUGGACAUUCCUGCAGUCAGCAUGCCAAUUGCACGCUCACUCAACUUGAGUCAUCUGUGGCAUUGUUGUGUAACACAACUGCACAUAGAGUGGCCUUUUAUUGUCUCCCGCACAAGGUGCCUCUGUGAAAUGAUCAUGCUGUUAAUCAGUUUCUUGAUAUGCCACAUCUAUCAGGUGGAUGGAUUAUCUUGGCAAAGUAGAAAUGCUAACAGGGAUGUAAAUUCGCGCACAUAAUUUGUGAGAAAUAUGCUUUUUGUGCAUAUGGACAAUUUCUGGGAUCAUUUAUUUCAGCUCAUGAAACAUGGGACCAACACUUUACAUGUUGCAUUUAUAUUUUUUGUUCAGUAUAGUUCAAUAUUCCACACUUGUAUACUUUGACAAGUGAAUUUGUGAUCAGGGUUGGAGUGGUCUGGUCUGUUUAUCCCAGUCAGUGAUGUGCUGUGUGUCUGUGUUUCAGUGCCUGUAUCCAGUGAGCAGACAGAGGGCCUGGAGAGAGACGAGCUGCGGGCCCAUCUGAAGAGGAGGCAGACUCCCAGCCCGACUCCCACCAAGGCCUCCAAGAGAGCCAAGAUUAAGGUGACCAUUCUGCAUGGAGAGACAGCAGGGGGCUCUGUCAGCUCUAUAGCACAGGAAGGUAACUGGCUCAGAUUUAACUAUGAGCAAUUUUCUGCACCUCUAAAUGAAUGAUCGAUUUAAAGAGAAAUUAGAAGUUGUUGCCAAAUGAAUUGAAAUAUGUGUGGGGCUUAUCUGAAUUUGUAUCAUAUUUUCUUAUUUCCACCAUUUCAAAACUCAUUAGCAACCAUUUUCAAUGUUAUAGUGUGGUGUUAUCCGAUCAGAUUUGGCUUAUUUUCUUCUUUGUCUGUGUUCUAAUGCAGGGGGUCCUUCUGGGAAGCCCCUGGCUGUGACUGUGGGACAGACUGUGUCUGGAGCCAAGGAACUCUCUGGACUCCUCACAUCCCAGCGGUAGGCCUGACACACACAAUGAUCUCCAACUCUCCAAACGAUCUCCCGUUGGGCAGUGCUGUGUGCUGCAAACAGAUUGCGUUUUGGACUCUGGUUGGAAGUUGUUGAAUAGAAGAAAAAAAACUGGGGUGGGUAGCUACCACAGCUCUGGUUAUGUGUGUUACUGCAGGUCUGGUAGUCUGACAGAGAUGUCUAGUGCCCUGAGCUCGGGGUCCAGCUCUUUCCACAACCUGCAGAGUUGCAUGGUGUCAGGGUCCUCCUCACCAGUCCAGGCGCAAGCUCCUGCCCAAGGUAUCUCCUACCUGCCUGCACGACUGUCCUAACUCGGCACAGCAGCAGAUCUCGCAGAUGACAGUCUAAACACUGAACUACAACCAAAAAUGUUGUACAGUAUAUUUUCACAGAUUUGUUAGUUGUAAUGCAGAGGAUCAGCAAAUCCAUCACACAUUUAAAAAGUAGGGAGUUCUGUUGUAUGUCCUGAUUUUAAGCACUUCAUGUGAACAACCAAUCUGAGCAAACAAAUGUUAUUGAUCACUUGUAGCGUUACUUCUGCGAAAUCUCUGGAAGCUUAACCGUUGGACUUUUCUACCAGAGGUUGUUUUGUCGACUGGACAAAUAGGGGUGGAUCUCAACUGUCAUCACCAGUAGUUGUUGUUGAGCCUCCAGUAUUGACUGUGUGUAAAUGUAUGCAGUGCUGAUUCAUUCUCGCUGUGUUUGUGUGCAGCACCUUCCGCCAGCAGUCUCCUCCAAGGCCUAAGUUUCAGUCUUCAGGAGAUCGUGACCAAAUCCCCUAGCCUGCCUACCACAACAGCUAGCAUGGGCAGCAUUCAGGUACACCCUGGCCUUCUCUCAUAAACCUGCAAAAAGUCUACUCUCAGUAAUGUGAGUUUGUCUGUGUGUGCUGACUCAUUGUCUGACUGACUCCACUUCUCCUCUCCCCCCCAGGCCUCCGGUGGGAAGCCCCAGGGUCAGGUCCUUAGCUCCAUAGGUACUGGCAGCAGCACUCUGCUCCGGGCAGUGCCUGUGGUUUCCACUGGAGGGCUGACCAAGACCACUGCCAUCCACCAGUUACUCGCCAAUGGCGGGCUGGCCAAGCUGGCGAGCAGCCUCCCCGGCCUGGCACACAUCUCCACCCAGAGUGCCGGUACGUCCCGAACUGCCAAACCACGGCGGCCACGCUGAAUGCCCAGGGUUCUCUUUAACCCCUUGAUUUUCGGAAAAGCUAGAAUAGCAGGACGGGCCCUAUCGCCAGGUCACCUUGGCCACACUACAGAUAGGUGACCGAGAUAUAGUGGCCAGCAUGAUCAAUAAUGUGUAUACAGAUAGUCAUCCAUGAGGAUCCUAGGUGUAUCUGAAAGGCCAGACUUGCAGCCGUGUAACAUCGUAGUGUACAGAUUUGUAUCAUAAGGGAUGAUGUGUAUUUGUACUAAUGUUCAUGUUUGGAAAGAGCCAUAAGGGAAAACAUCAAUGAAUACAUGAUCCAGAUGAAUGUGACAUUGGAAUUAGCAGUUUGAUGAAGUCAAGUUUAAUAGAUAUUGUUUAUGUAUCAAUGGAAGUCUACACAUGUCAAAUGUAAAUGUUCAAAAUGCUUACUUGAGAAUCAUUGAAUAUGUUCAUAUUUGCCUGACGUUUCCUUGAAUACAUGGAACUCUUUGAUACAAAAUUGAUGUCACAAUAAUUGUGAAUCGAGGGCCAAAAAUUAAUGGAAAUUCUUGCAUUUUGGCGUUUUGAAUAUCGACUAAAUGUCACAUGACAACGUCAAUGGCCCUGUUCAGACUGCAUUUGUUCACCAGAUCUGUCCACUCGAUAGAUGCCUUUUUAUGUUUGUUUCAUUUUGAUUGCUUGGUCUUCAUGUUACAACAUUUUGUAAAUCCAUUCAUUAAAUGACCUGCAACGAGCACGCAGCAGCCAUGAUUCCAGAUGCACACAAGGACCCAUGGACCCACUGGACUUUGUAGAGAGGAAGGAAUAUGAGGAGAAGCAGCAAUAAUAUUCACAUCCGGCAUACCACCUCUGUUUCUAUCAUUGCAAUAAAGACUGGAAAAUAACCCAUGUUUUCAUUCCUCUUUUUUGAUCAAGAAAUGGGUGUUGCUGUUGCGAUAUCCAAGUCGUCCACUCCUUCCCCAGGAUUGCUGUUGUCUUUGAUGGCUUCUUUUUUGUAAUUCUGUGCAAAAUUCAAACCUGGAUUAAUUAAUAAUCAUUUACGCUAAGAGUAAAACGGUACUCAUCUCUCUCUAGUAUCUACAUCUCCUGACAUGGACUAUUCUUACCAUUGAGAAAAGCAAGCCAGACAUGACAAUACAGGCAAAACACAAAAGAAGCCCUUGGGCACUGAGUUAUAUUUUUAGAACUAUUUAAUCUGAUUUAGAUGUUUUAUUUUUUUACUCAUUGGAUUAGCACACACUGCUGGACACCCGCUAUUCAGGAAUGUCAGUUGGAAUCUUGUCCGCUUUGCUGUGUCUGAGGGAAAAUGCUGUCUGAACUAGGCUUGACACCAAGCUCUAGUAUAAAUAUCUGAGUAGAUGUGUAACCCAUGCCAUCACUGUUUGUUGGCAGCAGGGCUCAGGGCCCCCACCAUUAUAACUGUGAUGCUGCGAGGACAGCCCAGCAGAAUGACUGCGCUGGGCCAGGCUGGGAGGGCACUGAUGCUGUCCAAUCCACCUGAUAUGAAGGUGGGUCUCCUCACAAGCAGCAAUAUUUUAACUUCUCCAUCACAUAUUUUCUAAAAUGAAGAUUUGUUUUCAAAUCAAUAUCCUCUAUUGCAGUGAUGAACCCAAAGACUGCAUCAUGUCAGAUGCCAGAUGUGAUACCGUCAUCCUGGAGGAGCGACUGGACGGGCUAUGAUCCAACUCCACAGAAAGGGAGUGUAGCCAUGUACCUCCUGCCCUUAUGUCUAUUCUCUCCCCAAUGCAACAGAUGAUCACUUAGCAAAGUGUUCCUUCCCCGUGGUUUGAGUUGACUUGUGUAGUGGACUAGUCUCCAUGCUGCAGGAAACUUCAUCAGCCAUAUGUAUGGUCACACUCAUUUCAGUUAAGAGUUGAAGUUGAGGGUAUAAAAUAUUGAAGGUAUUUUAUUUUUGUCACAAGGUCUCAGUUGACCCUUUUUUGUAACCCUCAGCAUCAUUGAAUAGGAUUACUCUGACUUAUAAGCAAUGGAUAAUGUAAAACAGCCAUAUGAUAGUUGUAUAUGUGUAGAGGAGAAAAUAUUGUAAUUAUGUUACCCGUUAUGUUUUCUUGAGCUUUUGGUCUUUAAAUUAAGCCUGUCUUUGGAGAACAUUGCUACAGGUGUUUUCUAUAUGCUUUGUUCUGUAACUUUGUUUGGAUCCAGUUAGGUCAAUGGAUUUCUAAUUUGACCAUCUCAUGGGAGGAAUUAUGCUAGGUGGAAUUUUACAGCUGAUAUUGUUUCAUGUUUAAUUAAAGCCUUUUGGCCUGGCAAGAUGUUUCAAAAGCCGAACCAUGGAAUUGAUUUCUCAAUUAAUGUUCAGAAAAAUAUUUUAUUUGGCGUGACAUUGAUCAUGUUUAUUUGUAGGUGGACGACUCCUGUGUUAAAAAUGUGAAUUUACAGAUCUACAUUUAUAAACAUUUUACUUUUAAAUGGAACAAGAGUGUGGUUCUCUCCAGG